UUUUUUUGCACGACGCUCCUGCGCUACUGUAGUUGUCUGACCUGCGUCCCCCUCCAUUCAUCAGUCAUCAGUUUCCGCUCUAAACAUGGCACGAAACAAUUAUACUAUUGUCGAAUAUUUUGGAGGAGAGGACGGUUACCGCUGUGGUUACUGCAAAAACGAAAAGGGAAACUUUUCUCACGGUAUGUGGUCUCACUCCAUGACAGUACAAGACUACCAAGACCUCAUAGACCGAGGAUGGAGAAGAAGCGGUAAAUAUGUUUACAAGCCCAUCAUGAACAAGACAUGCUGUCCACAAUAUCCUAUCAGAUGCCAUGCUGUGAAAUUUCAGCCUUCCAAAUCCCACAAGAAAAUCUUGAAGAAGUUCAAUAAAUACAUUUGUAAAGGAGUAAUACCAAAAGAGCAUGAAGUCGAGCAACCAAUGGAUUCAGUGUGUGAAGUUGUAGGUUCUAAAGAACCAAGUAAAAAAAUGGAGUGUGCUAUUACGGACGUCCAAAAGGAGUUAGCAGAGUGUCCGGCUGUGACAAAUGUUGAGAGGAAUGAGGCAGACGUCACUCCAACUGGCUCAGAGCCAUCUAGAAAAGAGCCAGCCUCUGUCUCGGAGGGCAGAACAACCACAGCCCCAAAACCUGGUAUAGGACUAGACCCCAACCGACCCCCUUGCCGAAAGGCCAAAGAGUUACGGAAAGAGCGGCAUCACCAGAAGGAGCAGAUGAAACAUACUAGCGGUGGGGUCUCCUCCACUGACCCGCCGGCUGCCACUAUGACAAACCAAACCAAAACCCUGGAAGAUCUUCUCACAGAGACAUGCCCUGACACUUCAUCUCAUUGCUUUGAGGUGAGGCUAGUGCGCGCCAAUCCCCCUUGCCCGCAGUUCAAAGCCUCUUUCGACACGUCCUACCAGGUGUACAAACUCUACCAGAUGGCAAUUCACAAGGACCCUCCUGACAAACCCUCCGAGAGCCAGGUGAGGCUAGUACCGGUCAACUUUGAGGACCCCCAAUUUACCGCAUCCUAUGAGCAGUCUGUGGCCCUGUACAGCCGAUACCAGAUGGCCAUUCAUGGGGAUGACCCCAGCGAAUGUAGUGAGAGUAAGUUCCGGCGAUUUCUCUGCGAUUCACCGUUAGAGGCCGAGCACUCUGAUGAUGGUCCUGAAAUGGGUUACGGCUCCUUUCAUCAGCAGUACUGGUUAGAUGGCCAAAUAGUGGCAGUGGGAGUGAUCGAUAUCCUGCCGACCUGCGUAUCAUCUGUCUACCUGUACUACCACCCAGACUUUGCUUUCUUGUCUCUAGGCUCCUACUCUGCUCUCAGGGAGAUUGCCUUCACAAGGCAACUACAGAAGCAGUCCGCAAAGCUGUCCCACUACUACCUGGGCUUUUACAUUCACUCCUGUCCCAAGAUGCGGUAUAAGGGACAGUACCGACCUGCAGACCUGCUCUGCCCAGAAACCUAUGUCUGGGUAACCAUUGAGAAAUGCCUUUCCCUCCUGGAGAAUUCACGAUACGCUCGAUUCAACACGAAUCCUGAUGAAGGAGAUGCCCGGGUCUUGAAAGACGUGGGCAGAGCUCUGGUGCUACACAGACGGACCGUCAUGCCCUAUAUUGUCUACGCCCGCAAACAGAAAGGCUCUAAUGAUGAGCCGGAAGUUAGAGAAUACGCGAGUUUAGUUGGCCAGAACUGUGCUGAAAGAAUUUUACUGUACCGAGCCUAACCUUAAAGAACCGCACCACUGAUGCUUUUAAAAUUCACCUCCCAGCAACAGUCUGUCACUUAAACUUAAUUUCAACCAAGCAGUACAAUAGUGGUUCAGAACAGUACAGUACACAUAAUUUUGUUGCAUUUCCAUUGUCAAGCUUGGCAAAUGAUUCAUACCAUACCAAUUCUUUUCCCAGCAGCCUGCCAGUUGCCAACCACAGUUGUACAUAUUAAUAUUAUGGAUCUAGACAGUUCAUUGGUAGUUUUCAUACUAAUGAUACAAGAUGUCACUCUUGCUUUGCAUAUCUGAUGCAGUGAGCAUAGCUUAUAGCUUUUGCUAUUAGAUUAGCCAUCUGGUUGGGCAUUGAAACCAAUUUUCUUGAUUUAUCUUGAGCCAUUGUCAUCUUAACAUUGACUUAAGAUGUCAGAAAGUGCAGUACAAUUUCUAUUCCACAAAGCAGGAGAGGAUGCAAUUUCAAAAGAAAUCACAUUAUGUUUCAAUUCCUUUAUUAUUUCUUUUAGCCAACAAACUAGUGAAUUGCUUGAACACUGCUGGUUGCUGUAGUGAAAUCAUUAUGGUGCGAUUUCUUUAACAUAGCAUCAUGUAACCUUAUUCAUUUGAAGGGUAGAUGUGUCAAAUUCCACACGCUGAUAUAAAUGUUUCUGCCAAAACUAAUCAAGUGAGGUUUAUUGUCCUCUCCCUAAUAUAUUUUAUUUAUUUGUAUCCAUAAUACUUCAUUAAUAUCUUGCCUUCAUGGCUGCAAUGGAAAGACAAGCAGGACUUUAACCAAACCAGUUGCAAGAUGAACAGUGUUGUACUGUGAGGUGGAAAUGUUGUCUUUUUUUCUUUUCUCGUCUGUUUGUGACUUAGUAGCUUUCAGCUGCCUCUCCCUGUAGUCUCAUUGUGCUCAUUUCUGCCACUUACAUGCAAUCCUACCCAUGAAAAGCUUCAAUGUAGGCAUCACUUAAUGUAUGUUUUUAUUAUAAAUAUGCAGUAUAUAUGUACACUUGACCUCACAGGGAUCAAUCCCUUAAAUGUACUUUUGUUCCUGUGUGUGCUUAGGUAAUGUUGGAAAUAGAUUCAAGCAGCCUCGUAUCUGUUAGAGUUUCCAUUCCUGCUGAUGGAUGGAAUAUUUCUCAAAUGUUUUUCACCAUUGAAAAUUAACUUUUAAUUAAUUACUACCAUUAGAUUUCCCCAAAUCAUAAACCGUGUGGCAGCAAUUGUUAAGUCAGGCCUUUGUAUUCAUGUUCAUAGAUGGCUGUGUGUGGUUUUUUUUUCCCAACCUUAUUUUAACCAAAUAAAGGGCUGUAUAUUGCCUGCUGGA